AUGACUGAGUGUCUACAAUGGGCCAGGUAUCGCUGGCAAUGGCUGAUGGGCGGUAGAAACAGGGGCGAGGAUGAGAGGCCAUACAGCUAUUCCUCUCUGCUUGUCUGCGGGGGCAGGUCCUCUCGGACUCCCAAACUGGCAGGAAAGCACCGGGUUGUUGUUCCCCACCUGUGGCCCUUCAAGGAUGAGUAUGAAAAGUACUCUGGCACCUACGUGAAUAACCGAAUACGGACAACAAAGUACACACUUCUAAAUUUUGUGCCAAGAAAUUUAUUUGAACAAUUUCACAGGGCUGCCAAUUUAUAUUUCCUGUUUCUAGCUGUCUUGAACUGGGUGCCUUUGGUAGAAGCCUUCCAAAAGGAAAUUACAAUGCUACCUCUCGUGGUGGUCCUGACAAUUAUUGCAAUAAAAGAUGGUUUGGAAGAUUACCGCAAAUACAAAAUUGACAAACAGAUCAACAAUUUAGUAACUAAAGUUUACAGUAGGAAAGAGAAAAAAUAUGUCGACCAGUGCUGGAAAGAUGUUGCUGUUGGGGACUUUAUUCGCCUUUCCUGUAAUGAGGUUAUUCCUGCAGACAUGGUCUUACUCUUUUCUACUGAUCCAGAUGGAAUCUGUCACAUUGAGACUUCUGGUCUUGAUGGAGAGAGCAAUUUAAAACAGAGGCAGGUGGUUCGAGGAUAUGCAGAGCAGGACUCUGAAGUUGACCCAGAGAAAUUCUCCAGUAAGAUAGAAUGUGAAAGCCCAAACAAUGACCUCAACAGAUUCCGAGGCUAUCUAGAACAUUCCAACAAAGAACGUGUGGGUCUCAGUAAAGAAAAUUUAUUACUUAGAGGAUGCACCAUUAGAAACACAGAGGCUGUUGUGGGCAUUGUGGUUUACGCAGGCCAUGAAACCAAAGCAAUGCUGAACAACAGUGGUCCAAGGUAUAAGCGCAGCAAAUUAGAAAGGAGAGCAAAUACAGAUGUCCUCUGGUGUGUCCUGCUUUUGGUUGUGAUGUGUUUAACUGGUGCAUUGGGUCAUGGAAUCUGGUUGAGUAGAUAUGAAAGCAUAAUGUUUUUUAAUAUCCCUGAGCCUGAUGGACGUGUCAUAUCACCAGUGUUGGCAGGAUUCUAUAUGUUCUGGACCAUGAUCAUUUUGUUACAGGUCUUGAUUCCCAUUUCUCUCUACGUUUCCAUUGAAAUUGUGAAGCUCGGACAGAUAUAUUUUAUACAAAGUGAUGUGGAUUUCUACAAUGAGAAGAUGGAUUCCACUGUUCAGUGCCGAGCUCUGAACAUCACUGAGGAUCUUGGACAGAUUCAGUACCUCUUUUCUGAUAAGACAGGAACUCUCACUGAGAAUAAGAUGGUUUUCCGAAGAUGUAGUGUGGCAGGGUUUGAUUACUGCCAUGAAGAAAAUGCCAAGAGGUUAGAGUCCUACCAGGAAGCUAUCUCUGAAGAUGAAGAUUCCCCAGACACUCCCAGCGACUCCCUCAGCAAUAUGGCGAAACCGAGGGCCCCCAGCUGCCAGACGGUUCAUAAUGGGCCCUUGGGAAGUAAAUCCUCGAAUCAUCUUGCUGGGAAUGGUUUAGCUCUGGGAAGUGGAGAAGGAGCCAGUGAAGUGCCUCACUCCAGACAGGCUGCUUUCAGUAGCCCCAUUGAAACAGAUGUGGUACCAGACACCAGGCUUUUGGACAAGUUUAAUCAGAUAACACCUCAGCUUUUUACCCCACUAGAUGAGACUAUCCCAGAUCCACCACUCGAGACCUUGUACAUCAUAGACUUCUUUAUUGCAUUGGCAAUUUGCAACACAGUAGUGGUUUCUGCUCCUAACCAACCACGGCAAAAGAUUGGACUCUCAUCACUGAGUGGAAUGCCUAUAAAGUCCUUGGAAGAGAUUAAAAACCUCUUCCAGAGAUUGUCUGUCCGAAGAUCAAGUUCGCCAUCUCUUGCCAGUGGGAAAGAGCCCUCUCCUGGGGUCCCAAAUGCCUUUGUGAGCAGAUUCUCCCUCUUCAGUCGAAUGAAACUGGCUUCUCCUGUGGAGGAAGAGGCCUCCCACAUGAGCGAGAGCCCCCAGGGCUCUAGUAACUCUUCUUGCCCUACAGAAACUGAGCAACGGAAUAGGGAUCCGGGCCUGCCAGAGGGCGAGGUAGCACCCUCCCCUGGACAGCCGUUGGCCUCCACCCUGUGUUAUGAGGCCGAGAGCCCCGAUGAAGCGGCCUUGGUGUAUGCCGCCAGGGCCUACCAAUGCACUUUACGGUCUCGGACACCAGAGCAGGUCGUGGUGGACUUCGCUGCUCUGGGACCAUUAACAUUUCAACUCCUGCACAUCCUGCCCUUCGACUCAGUAAGAAAAAGAAUGUCCGUUGUCGUUCGGCACCCCCUUUCCAACCAAGUCGUGGUGUAUACGAAGGGUGCUGAUUCGGCCAUCAUGGAGUUGCUCUCAGUGGCUUCCCCAGAUGGAGCAAGUCUGGAGAAACAACAGAUGAUAAUAAGGGAGAAAACCCAGAAACACUUGGAUGACUAUGCCAGACGGGGCCUACGCACUUUAUGUAUAGCAAAGAAGGUCAUGAGUAACACUGAAUAUGCAGAGUGGCUGAGGAACCAUUUUUUAGCUGAAACCAGCAUUGACCACAGGGAAGAAUUACUCCUUGAAUCUGCCAUGAGGUUGGAGAACAAGCUCACUUUACUUGGUGCUACAGGCAUUGAAGACCGUCUGCAGGAGGGAGUCCCUGAGUCCAUCGAAGCCCUUCAGAAAGCCGGCAUCAAGAUCUGGAUGCUGACAGGGGACAAGCAGGAGACAGCUAUCAACGUAGCUUAUGCAUGCAAACUACUGGAGCCGGGUGACAAGCUCUUUAUCCUCAAUACCCAGAGUAAAGAUGCCUGUGAGACGCUGAUGAGCACCAUUUUGAAAGAACUUCAGGAGAAGAAUCCCGCCUCUCCAGAGCAAGCGUCCUUAAGGGAGGGCUUACAGCACACACAGGACUGCGGGCUUCGGGCUGGCCUCAUCAUCACUGGGAAGGCCCUGCAGUGCGCCCUGCAGGAGGGGCUGCAGAGGCAGUUCCUGGAGCUGACUGCCUGCUGUCAGGCUGUGGUCUGCUGCCAAGCCACCCCCCUGCAGAAGAGCGAGGUGGUGAAGCUGGUUCGCAGCCAUCUGCAGGUGAUGACGCUGGCCAUCGGUGAUGGUGCCAAUGAUGUUAGCAUGAUUCAAGUGGCAGACAUUGGGAUUGGGAUCUCAGGUCAAGAAGGCAUGCAGGCGGUGAUGGCCAGCGACUUUGCCAUUGCUCAGUUUAAGCAUCUCGGCAGGCUCCUCCUUGUCCACGGGCACUGGUGUUACACACGACUCUCCAACAUGAUUCUCUAUUUUUUCUACAAGAACGUGGCCUAUGUGAACCUCCUUUUCUGGUACCAGUUCUUUUGUGGAUUUUCAGGAACCUCCAUGACUGACUACUGGAUGUUGAUCUUGUUCAACCUUCUUUUCACUUCCGCUCCUCCUGUCAUUUAUGGUGUCUUGGAGAAAGAUGUGUCUGCAGAGACCCUCAUGCAGCUGCCGGAACUUUACAAGGCUGGUCAGAAAUCAGAGGCAUACCUACCCCUUACCUUCUGGAUCACCUUGUUGGAUGCCUUUUAUCAAAGCCUGGUCUGCUUCUUUGUGCCUUAUUAUACCUACCAGGGCUCAGACAUUGACAUCUUUGCAUUUGGAAACCCCCUGAACACAGCUGCUCUGUUCAUCAUUAUCCUCCACCUGGUGAUUGAAAGCAGGAGUUUGACCUGGAUCCACAUGCUGGUCAUUGCGGGUAGCAUCUUGUCUUAUUUUUUCUUUGCCUUGGUUUUUGGAGCCAUGUGUGUCACUUGCAACCCACCGUCCAACCCCUACUGGAUUAUGCAGGAGCACGUGCUGGACCCCGUGUUCUACCUGGUUUGCGUCCUCACAACGUGCGUCGCUCUUCUGCCCAGGUUUACAUACCGGGUUCUUCAGGGAUCCCUGUUUCCGUCUCCAGUUCAGAGGGCUCAGCACUUGGACAGAUUGACUGCGGAGGAGAGGACUGACGCUCUCAAGAAGUGGAGAGGGGCCGGAACAGUGGGCCGGGCGCCGUCGAAGUAUGCUGAGCGCUCGGCUGCCAAGGCCAAGAGAAGAGCCCCGUCCGGCCCGCCUACCGCCUUGACAGUGGUGUCAGCACCGUCUUGUGCUGUUGAGCAGGGGAGCUCGUCUGUCCGUGAAACCACUUUGGACUCAGACUUCUGUGAAACCAAGGCCUCAGGGAUGGCGAGGCCCUCUGAGGGUUAA